GUUACAUUUUCCGCAAGUGUGAAGUAUUUCCAUUGACCACAGCAACGGAAAAAUGUUUUACGCGGCAAUAUUCUUCACAACACUUAUACUAAUUUUCCUCUUGUGGGGUGUGAGAAAACCUCCAAAGUUUCCGCCCGGUCCUAAAUGGUAUCCAAUCGUUGGUUGUGCGUUGCAGAUAUCGCAGCUGCGUGUGCGUUAUGGCACAUUCUGCAAAGUGAUCGAUGAGUUGGCCAAGUAUUAUGUAAAUCCCUAUGGCUUAUAUGGCUUGAAGAUAGGCAAAGAUAAACUAGUGAUUGCCUACUACAAUGACACCAUUAACGAAAUGAUGACUAAUGAAGAUAUGGAUGGGAAGCCGGAUGGCAUUUUUUACCGUACACGUACUUUCAAUUCCAAAAAGGGUAUCCUAGUAACUGACGAAGAGUUUUGGGUUGAGCAGCGACGUUUUAUAUUACGUCACUUGAAGGAUUUCGGUUUCGCACGAAACGCAAUGGUUAAUAAUAUACAGAAUGAGGCUGGUUAUCUAGUGGAUGAUCUGAAGCAACGUAUACGCGAUCACGGCGGUAAAAAAGCGCGUGUAACAAUGAAAGAUUUGUUUACAGUGUAUGUGCUGAACACGUUGUGGACGAUGUUGGCAAGUAAGCGUUAUGAUCGCAAUAGUCAUGAAGUGGCGGAAUUGUUGAAUAUGUUUUUCGAAUUGAUGCAGAAUGUGGAUAUGAUUGGUGCACUUUUUAGUCAUUUUCCAUUUAUGCGUUUUAUAGCACCAAAUUAUUCGGGUUAUAAUCGAUUUGUAGAAACCCAUCAACGCUUCUAUGCUUUCAUACAGAAGGAAGUUGAUAAUCAUAGAAAAACAUUUAUGAAUAACGCCAUUCCGCGUGAUUUGAUGGAUACCUACUUACGUGAGCUGGCCGAUCCAAAUCAUAAGGACUCUUUCAGUGAAGAACAAUUAAUGGCUGUAUGUUUAGAUAUGUUUUUGGUCGGUUCGGAAACGACAAAUAAAAGUAUUGGCUUUGCUUUCUUACACUUAGUACGCAAUCCAGAAAUACAAGAAAAAGCAUUUGCAGAAAUAAAAGAAGUUGUGGGGCUUGAGCGUUUGCCAGAGUGGAAAGAUCGUCCUAAAUUAAUAUAUUGUGAAGCGAUUGUUUUAGAAGCACUGCGCAUGUUUAUGGGGAAUACUUUUGGUAUACCACAUCGUGCGUUACGCGACACUCGCUUGAGCGGCUAUGAAAUACCAAAAGAUACUAUGGUUGUGGGAUGUUUUCGUGGUAUGUUAAUGAAUGCACAUGACUUUCCCAAUCCCAGCAAAUUUCAACCUGAACGGUACAUUGUUGAUGGCAAGCUUAAAGUUCCAGAAGCACACAAUCCAUUCGGUUUUGGUCGGCAUCGUUGUAUGGGCGAUAUUAUGGGGCGACAGAAUUUAUUUUUAUUUACAACUGCAGUUCUACAAAAUUUUAAAAUUUUACCAUUACCUGGUGAAUUGCCUGAUGAUGAACCCUUGGAUGGUGCUACAGCUGCUGUGAAACCUUAUGAAGCUAUACUAGUUCCCCGUUGUGGUGUUAUGGAUUAA